AUGAACAACAACAAUCCAGCUGAAUUAGGAUACUACUAUCGCACGGAAUCCGGGCAAGAAAAAGGCCCGUUCGAUUACGCCUCCAUGCAAUCGUGGUUCUCCGCGGGGUACUUCAAAUCGGAUCUGAAAGUGUGCAAAGGAAGAGGCGGGAAAGUGCGAAACAUCGGGCAAAUGCUCGUGCAAGACGCGCACUUAUACGGCGUGCCUUCACACAUGGUACAAAACGUGAUCGCACCGAAGUAUGGUUUAGCGGAGAAUCCGAGCACAAUUGGGAACGAUUUCGUGAGUGGAAGUGGAAUGAGAGAAGGCUCGGCGAAAGAGCAAAGAUACGCGUCGUACGCGAACCAACCGACGAGUUUAUCCGUGGAGAACGUCACGGAGUGCGUGACGAGAGUGAUUGAGACUCUGACGGAGAUAUUGCCGUUGGUGUUAGAGGGUGGUUUGCGAGCGGAAUUCGGGGACGAGAUGUGGGCGGAUAUGACGUCGACGCCGCCGCCGUGGAGUUUCGAGCAAAGCGCGAGGGAGUUGAAGAGCCAUUGGAAUUCGAUUUUUUCAUCCAUGCCGAGAAGAAAUAAAGAGUUUGAAGUUUUGAUGGAUUGUUUGUACAGGAAGAGGAAGGAGGGGAUGUAUUGUUUACAAGUUGGAGAGGCGAGAGCGUUGGCGGAGGCGGCGAUGCAAAUCAUCGAAGGGUGUCCGAAAGAUUUUCCCGAGGCUGUGAACGCCAAGCUCGCUCGAGGAUGGGCCGCGGUAGAGGAAGUCAGGGAAGUUUUGAAACGGUGA